AUGGAUAAUCAACGAAAGAAGAAGCUGACAUUCAUCACUAUUGGACUGAUCUUUUUUCUCAACGGUGUAGAAUAUGCUGUGAUAUUACCAACAAUAUGGAAGUACUUACAGAAUUUUGAAGCGGAGCCUUUCUUCCUGGGUUUGACCCUGUCAGCAUUCAGCCUCAGUGGUCUGCUGUUUGGACCGCUCUUUGGUCUCUAUUCCGACCAAACGCACACGACCAAGAGCGUAAUCGUGAUCGCAGUGGUGUUUCAAGUUGCUGGUAAUUUAAUGUACUUCAUGGGCUACUCCAAAUGGAUUGUACUGUCCAGUAGAUUUGUAUCAGGUAUUGGUGCCGGGGUUGGUUCAUCCAUCUUUGGCUUCUUGACCAAAGUCACCGCCUCAGUGGACCGCGCCAGUGUGUUUGCUACUGUCAUGGCAUGUCGCCAAGCUGGACUGUUGAUUGGUCCAGGAUUCAACUUCUUCCUGAGGCUGUGUGAAUUCCAUCUAGGUCCUCUAGUAAUAAGCAAAUAUAAUGCUCCUGGGUUGUUCAUGUGCCUGGUGUGGACGUGUUUUACACUGGUGGUGAUCUUCUUGUACUCGGACCUGCCAUUGCUGGAGAAGAUGAAGCCAAAGGACAGUUUGAGAGGCAAAAGCAGUCAACAGGAGAACGAGCAAGAGGUUGAGGAAGACAAAGCAGAGAGCGAUGAAGAAGAAAAGCCGCUAAUAGGGCCCGAGGAGCUGGUGGGGUCCUAUGGAUCAGUUGUGGCAUCCAAUGAAAUCAACCACCGUGGCUUGUCUGCCUCCUGCAACACACCUGAUCGGAUUUCUGCAUGUCCCUCCCCUGUGGAAGCACAAACCGAAGAGUCUUCAAGCCCUUUUAAGAAUUUCAGCAUUACUCAAGAGUUCCUGAGAGAAGAGGUGGUUGUGUUGCUGGCUGCUCAGUUUGUUAUCCUCUUCAAUCAGACUGUGCUGGAGACGAUGGUGACGCCACUAACCCAGAAACUGUUCAGUUUUGGGGAGCUGGAGAACAGUUUCAUGUACUGCCUUGGUGGUCUGGUGAUCAUUGUUGGCUUUGUGUUUGUGCGCUGGAUGACCCGGUGUGUUGAGGAGCGAGUGGUUCUGUCCAUUGGUCUCGGCCUCUCCAAUGUUGCCUGUGCCUGGUUCCUUGUCUUCCUCGCUAACCCACAAGGUUCAUUUGCGUGGCAGAUGGCGGAGUUUGUGGUUGGAUUUUUUCUGCAGGUUGCAGCUUUGCCUUUUAUAUCAGUGGCCCAAGUGUCUCUCUUCUCCAAAGUUACUUCUGAGAAAACACAAGGUUUCAGUCAGGGAGUGCGUCGCUCUGUGGGGGGUCUCGCCACCAUCCUGGGCCCUUUGUGGGCUGGUGGUCUCACAGAUAACAUGUACAUUAUGAUGGGGGUCAUGAUGGGACUACUGGUACUGCUGACGGCCAUGGUGGGUUUCUCGUUCAACCGUCUGGUCGUCCCUACUGUCGACAAGCAAACAGACAAUUCAGAGAACAAUUAG